AUGUGGCGCUAUGUUUUGUGGCUGCUCUUGCUUUUGCAGUCCAUUGCCUUUACCUCCGCCAACCUACACACUGAACAACAUGUUCUCGGCGGUAAAUCAUCGAAGGCGACUACGGGCGAUUCAUCUGGGGCAGAAAUUAUCACUGCGCAAGCAGCCGGGCAGACAGUUCGAGAGCCAGGUGCCGAACUUGUCGAAUCUGCUCUAACAGAGUUGCGCAAGCUGUACAAGCCCUUACAUGCCCGCGCACGCAAACCAAAUGGCCUCUUCAGUGCUCUGGGGCAGUUCGUCAUCACAGCCCUACCGACCUUUCGACUCACUGCUUCACCCCCUGAACAGGCAGCCGCAAGCCGUAUGAGCAACGCGCUUCGACAUGCGACCCAGCUUCUCGAGGAGUCGGCUAGGCUGAACAACUCAGACGCACUCUAUAUCCUUGCAGAGAUGAACUUUUACGGAAACUAUUCCCAUCCACGAAACUUCAAAGCCGCUUUCGGCUACUACCAUCAGCUGGCUUUGCUCAACGGUAACGCCUCGGCGAUGUACAUGUUAGGACUUAUGUACUCGACCGGCAUUGGUGGCGCAGUCGAACGGGAUCAAGCUCGUGCACUCCUAUACUACACUUUCGCUGCCAAUAAAGGACAUACACGGGCCGAGAUGACGGUAGCGCACCGGCACCAUGCUGGCAUUGGAACACCAAAAAGCUGUGAAGUGGCUGCCAGGUACUACAAGCGAGUCGCAGACAAAGCCAUUGAAUGGUAUCGGUCUGGCCCGCCGGGUGGGAGAUCAUGGAUUCUCGAGGCUCAUCGCAUCGCCGACGAUACAGGUGGGGCUUAUGGCGAAGGCGCAAGUGUCGUCAGCGCAGGAGAGAACUCUGCCAGAUCACACCCUGAUUCCGAGGCAUCGAUCGAAGAUAUCAUUGAAUAUUUAGAUCUCAUGGCCCAGAAAGGCGACUUCAAAGCUGCAUUCAACUUGGGUCGUAUCUACUACGAAGGGCAGAGAGGCCUGAGUAAAAACAUGGCUAUUGCCAGGAGGUAUUUCCUUGACGUUGUCCAAAAGUAUUGGAAGAAGAACCGCCCGAUUGAGAACCCCAAAGGCGGUCUGGAGAGGUUUGCGGGUAAAGCUGCUGGCUACAUUGGCCGCAUGUAUCUUCGGGGUGAAGGGGUCGAACAAAAUUUCGACCGUGCCAAAUUCUGGCUUGAGCGUGGUUCCUUGCUUAAGGACGCCCAAUCUCAACACUUCCUGGGUUUGAUGUAUCUCCAUGGCUAUGGCGUCAAGCGGGAUCUGCCUCAGGCCAUCGAUUACUUCAAGGCAGCUGCUAGCCUGGACUAUGCAGCUGCUCAGGUACAGCUGGGCAUUCUCUACUUGGACCAAGGCAACACAGAGGACCUGAUUGCCGCAAACCAUUAUUUCGAGCUCGCCAUGCGGUGGGGCCACAUUGAGGCAUACUAUUACAUGGCGGAAGUCAACAUGUAUGGUGUCGGCCGUGAUCCUAAUUGCCAGCAGGCCGUAAGUUACUACAAGAUAGUUGCCGAGAGGGCUGAGCCGAUUGUCUCGUCUUGGGCAGAUGCAAACCUUGCCUACGAAAGCGGGAAUGUUGAGCUGGCACUUCUUGAAUACCUUGGGGCAGCAGAGCAAGGGUACGAGAGGGCUCAGAACAAUGUUGCACACCUCCUUGAUCCAGACAAGUCUCGCCUGCCCUUCCUUCACAGGCUGUUGUCUCCCACGCCGACAUCACCGCUUUUGCAUAACCCGACACUGGCACUGAUCUACUGGACUCGCUCAGCACGUCAGAGCAACAUUGAUGCGUUGGUGAAGAUGGGCGAUUACUAUCUUUACGGAAUCGGUACCGAAGCCGAUGUCGAUAAGGCUGUGCAGUGCUAUACUGGCGCUUCUGAGUAUCUUCAAAGUGCCCAGGCUCUCUACAACCUAGGAUGGAUGCAUGAACAUGGUAUCGGACUGGACCAGGACUAUCAUUUGGCCAAGCGCUACUAUGAUUCGGCUCUCGAGACAAAUGAGGAGGCCUAUCUCCCCGUAACUCUCAGUCUCUUGAAGCUGCGGGUAAAAAGCGCAUGGAACACCCUGACACACGGGAGAAUCAACUCUAUCCAGGACGAACCAGCACCAAAAAAGGAGUGGUCCUUCCGCGAGUGGAUCAACAACUUUCUCCAGAACGAUGAAGGCCAGUAUUACGAGGAAUAUUAUGAUGAGUACUACGACGACAGCAUGCCCGGCGGAGACCCGCUUGACUUUGAGGACGGUCUAACAGAGAGCUUGGUUAUUCUUGGGCUUGCGGCUGUGUUAGCGUUCCUGAUCAUGUAUCGGAACCAAAGACAACAGCAGGUGGUUCGACAACAGCAAAUGCAGGCUCAACAGCCACAACAAGGCCUUGGGCAGCAACAACAACAGGCCCAGGGUCAACAACAUGGACAACAGCAGGCCCAACAACCCGCACAACAUCAAGAACAACAGCAGCAAGAACUCUUCCCACAACCAGGAGAUCCUCAAUUUGGGCAGUGGGCUGUUGGGCAUUGA